AGACGUUAUGCGCUACACUGUACCGUCGUCAGCCGACAAAAUGACCGUUGCUAUGUGAUGUCGUUAAGAAAUUAUAUGGAUGGCGUUCAUCUGCUCCUGUUACUGCGUUAUGCUGACUGACACGGCUUAUUAUGAGCAAAGGCUUACUUUUCUCUCGCGAUAUAAUAACAACAACAGCAAUGACAAUGCUUGUAUCUUUCUGAUGCCUAGAAGCUGCCAUGCUGUGAACAACGUGGUUCGUUCAGGUGGGGAAGGUCCUUUAGCUAGCGUCCUCUCGUCGCCUCCUCGGCCUCCGCAUCUGUCGCCUUUCCGCGAGCCCUCCUCUGACAGGAACCAACAUUGCGCAUUGCCAAGAACCGCUAGCACAACCAUUAUCAUAGUUACCAGACGAAUGAACUUGUCAUCAGUCCACAGCUAUGGCAAUGGCUUGCCACUCCGACGCGGUCGAAUAUAAUACAGGCAACGAUUUUAAGCCACUCCGGCGUUCGUCCAAACGAAAUUGUUCAGUCUUAACUGACCAGUCUAUCAGUGGAUACAAAACAACCAGAAGGAACGAAAUGCUCUUAUCGAGAAUGAGCUCAGUCGUCAGACCUCUAAGUCUCGCCCAGGUACGGUUGCAAGGUACAGAAAUGAACGGUCUAACGAGACACAAGGCUAAUAAAUUUGAGAAGUUCCUCUUGGUGUAUUUUAAAAAAUACCCUCUGGGACAAGUGCCCGACUUGGUUCCACAACACCAAAUGGAAAAAGUGCGAGAUAUGGCCCGUAUUAGGAUCAACAUUUACAUGUGUAUAGCUACUUUCUUAGGUGCUAUAGGUGCAGUUUGGAUCGGGAAAAAGCAGCAUUCUGAGGGUGUAAGCCUCCAUAAAAUUAACCUUGACUGGCAUAACGAAAUUAAAAAGGAUACAAAAAUAGAAAAGGCAAAGGAUGGAGGUGGCAGUUCCUAAAACACUCAAUAGAAAAUAGGAAUGGACACCAAUUGUAAUGAAAAGCAAUUGUUUAUGUUCGUAGUUGUACUCACUUCGUCAAAUUAACGACAGGCGCAUUUGCUGCUGCAUCGCCAAACGUUGACCUGCUACAAUGCCUAUAAUUUUAGUCUUUAUUGAGACGACAUCGUCUGCGAGAAACAAAAGAAUAAGGAAAUAGGCAGUGAAAAGAAGAAAACGUAUUUUUAUCUUGGUUUCUCAUGCUUGUUAGAGAUCUUUAUUAGAGUCAGGCAAAAAGCAUAUUUCUUUAUGGUGAUAGUAAAAUACAGUGAAAUAUUUCUGCGCAAGCACGGUGUGUGUUAAUAGGAGAACCUUGUGCCUCGCAUAAAAAAGCUGUUAAUAAAAAAAUACGACAAAGAUUAGAUGUUACAUAAUUUAACUCUUUUUUCCGU